AUGACAAGCACAUGGACAUCAUGUACAUACAAGGCCAGUGAGAUAGCCAAACGAAAGUGUCCAUUGGAUCCAAUGGAUCCAAUGGACCUGGAAAUGUCCAUUGGAGUUUUGUGUGUCCAUUGGAUCCAGUGGACAAGUGGAAUUUCUAUCGGACAUUUGCGUUUUCAUUUGGUGAAUUACCAUGUAUUUGACGUAAUGACAAGCACAUGGACGUCAUGUGGAUACAAGGCCAUUGAGAUAGCCAAAGGGAAUUGUCCAUUGGAUCCAAUGGAUCCAAUGGACACCGUGUUUUCCGUUGGAAAAAUAUUUGUCAGAUUGAUCAAAUGGGCAAGUGAUUUCUGUCCAUUUGAGUUUUGUUUGUCCAUUGGAUUCAAUGGACAAGUGGAAUUUCCAUCGGACAUUUGCUUUUUCAGUUGGUCAAUUACCAUGUAUUUGAGUGACGUAAUGACAAGUACAUGGACAUCAUGUAGAUGCAAGGCCAGUGAGAUAGCCAAACGAAAGUGCCCAUUGGAUCCAAUGGAUCCAAUGGCCCUGGAAAUGUCCAUUGGAGUUUUGUGUGUCCAUUGGAUCCAGUGGACAAGUGGAAUUUCUAUCGGACAUUUGCGUUUUCAUUUGGUGAAUUACCAUGUAUUUCAAUGA